CCACAGCUUCAGCCAAUGUUCUUUACACAUCCUCCGGCGCUGCCUCCUGGGAACCACGGCGUGUUUCUGCCGGCUGAGUUUCAUCCUCACAACAAAAGUCAGCCAGGUCCAGCAAUCCUCGCGCAACCUGGUUUCAGCCAUUACCCGCUUCCCGCAAUGCCUAUUUUCGCUCAGCCGGCUUACCAUCCCUACCAGCGGAUGAUGCCACCAUCACUCCCACCUGAUAGCUGGAUCCCCAUGCCCAAUUUUGGACUGCCUCCUGCUCAGAACAGUAUGCGCAACCCAUUCUGGCGUUGA